AUGGCGAUCUGCACGUGCUCUUGGACUGGCCGCCACCUGGCCACGUUCACACGUGCACGGUCCAGUGUGUACACCCUCACCACUGCUUCUCACAACACCCCUUUGUCUCCUCAGUUGUACGCGUCCGCUCAGGUAGCUACCCAGUGUGAGUGUCGCCGCUUGUCGCACCAGACUCUCCUUUGGCACCACCGCCUUGGUCACCCCUCCUUGCCUCGCCUUGGUGGCAUGCACUCUUGCCUACUGAUCUCUGGUCUUCCCAAGUCUCUGCCCUCCCUCCCUCCCUCACCUGCGCCGCCCUGCAUUCCUUGCGUCGAGGGGCGGCAGCGCGCCGCUCCUCACUCCUCCUUGUUCCCUCCCACAGAGGCUCCACUGCAGACUCUCCACCUCGACGUGUGGGGCUCAGCCCGCGUCCGUGGAUACGGCCACGAGCGUUACUUCCUGCAGGUAGUCGACGACUACACGCGUUACACCACGGUCUUCCCCUUGCGGCGCAAGGGGGAUGUCCCUGCUGUUUUGAUCCCUUGGAUCCGCGCUGUUCGUCUCCAGCUCCGCGAGCGGUUCGAGUUGGACUUUCCUGUCUUGCGUCUGCACUCUGACAGAGGUGGUGAGUUCUCCUCUGACCUCUUGCGAGCCUAUUGUCCUCCCCAGCUAGACCCCCUCCCCGCUCCCAGUCCUGCUCCUUCAGAUGUGUCUCAGGUAGACCCUCCUCCCUUGACUGAGCCGGUUGAGGUCACUGGUGACUCAGGUCCUGCUGGGGGUGGUCCUGCUCGGGGUCCUGCUUAUGGGGGUGCUGAGCUUGGGGGUGCGGAGCCUGGGGGUGCGGAGCCUGGGGGUGCUGAGACUGGGGGUGCGGAGCCUGGAGGUGCUGAGCCUGGGGCUGCGGAGCUUGGGGGUGCUGAGCCUGAGGGUGCGGAGCCUGGAGGUGCUGAGCCUGGGCGUGAGGAGUCUGGGGGUGCUGAGCCUGGGGGUGCUGAGUCUGGGGGUGCUGCGCCUGGGGGCACUGAGGCGCCUGGUGAGCAGACUCCUUGGAGCGGUCGCCUCCGUAGUCGCUCUGCUGGUGCCUCGCCGCAGCGCUCUCGUAGGCGUGUCCCUCUCUCCACACAGCAGCUGCGUGAGUGGUACGUUAGCCGUCAGGGUCGCGCUGCUGGAGCUGGGGGCCCUGCUACAGGAGGCGCUGGCGUUGGAGGCACUGGAGCUGGCGCUGUCCCUCUCUCCCCACAGCAGCUGCGUGAGUGGUACGUUAGCCGUCAGGGUCGCGCUGAUGGAGCUGGGGGCCCUGCUGCAGGAGGCACUGGAGUUGGUGACUCUGCCACUGGAGGUGUUUCUACUGGGGUUCAAGCAGCCGCUGGUCCCGGAGGUGCUCGUACUGGAGGUACUAGAGCUGCUGGGGCUGGAGGUACUACUGGACCUGGAGGUGCUGCUGUCGACUCUGAGGUUGGAGGUCCUGGAGCUGGAGGUGCCGGUUCUGGGGGUGCUGCUGUUAGAGACACUGAGACUGGAGGCCCUGGGACUGGAGGUGCCGGUUGUGGGGGUGCUGCUGCUAGUGAAACUGGUCUUGGAGGUGAUGUAGCUGGAUGUUCUGGAGCUGAUGGAGGUGCUGGUACUGGAGGUGCUGGCUCUGGAGGCGCUGGAGCUGGUGGAGGUGCUGGCACUGGAGGCGCUGGCGCUGGAGGUUCUGGAGCUGCUGGAGGUGCUGGUACUAGAGGUGCUGGCGCAGGAGGUUAUGGAGAUGGUGGAGGUGCUGGCGCUGGAGGCGCUGGAGCUGGAGGUUCUGGAGCUGCUGUAGGUACUAGAGCUACUGGUGCUGGUGGCCCUGCACAGCCGCGACUUUUCUUCGCUCCGCCGUCGCCUUCGUCCCUGCCAUCGCCUGACUCCGUGCUUCGCCAGGUUCUUGUCAGAGGUCCACUGGUGAUCCCCGAUUGA